AACGUCAAGCGUGUACAUCUAUGGCCGGCUCCAGCGUCCUUCCCUCCAACGUGGCUGGUAUCAGCAAAGAGCUGAUCGAACUGCAGCACCUCAUCCAGUUCCCGGAGGAGGUUGCCAGCAUUCUGACUGAGCAGGAGCAGGAGCUCUACCGGAAAGUCUUGCCCAUUGACUACCUCUGCUUUUUAACCAGGGAUUUGGGUAAUGAGGAAUGUCAAAGCAAGCUGCCGUCUAUUAAAGCUUCUAUAUCUGCUACUAUUCUUUCUUCCCCAAACGGGGAACAUAAUGCUGUAGAAGACCUUGUGACAAGGUUUAAUGAGGUGAGCUCGUGGGUUACCUGGCUGAUCCUGACUGCAGGUUCUAUGGAGGAGAAACGAGAAGUCUUCUCAUAUUUAGUACAUGUGGCAAAAUGCUGUUGGAAUAUGGGCAACUACAAUGCUGUAAUGGAAUUUCUGGCAGGCCUAAGGUCAAGAAAAGUUUUAAAAAUGUGGCAAUUCAUGGACCAGUCUGAUAUUGAAACCAUGCGAAGUCUGAAAGAUGCUAUGGCACAACAUGAGUCAUCAUCUGAAUACAGGAAAGUGGUCAACAGGGCACUCAAUAUUCCAGGCUGUAAAGUUGUUCCUUUCUGUGGUGUAUUUUUAAAAGAGCUUUGUGAAGUUUUGGAUGGAGCAUCAAGCCUCAUCAGACUCUGUCCACGAUAUAACUCACAGGAUGAAACAUUAGAGUUUGUUUCAGAUUACAAUGGACAAGAUAAUUUCUUGCAACGAGUAGGCCAAGAUGGUUUAAAUAAUCCAGAAAAAGAAUCAACAGCAAACAAUAUCUUUCAAACUAUUCGGAGCUGCAAUCGCAGUUUGGAAUCUGAAGAGGGUGAAGAUAAUUAUAGUGAAGGAAGCAAUUCAAGAAAAAACUCUUUGAAGGACAAAAACCGGUACCAUGCAGCACAUGUAAAGAAAGCUUCUGGUUCAAACCGAGUUCUAUUUAUAAUCGGAGAUCUUUCAGAUUCUGAAAGUGAUAUAUUUGAGCAGUUGAAGGAGUGGGACACGAAUUCAACAGAAGAGCAACAAAAGGCUUUCUGCCAUGGGAUAGAACUCAUUCCCUGGUACGUGUUAUCCGUCAGGGCCGAUGUCCAUCAGUUCAUGCAACAAGGGGCAACCGUCAUUCAUUACGACCAGGAGACACAUCUCUCUGCACGUUGCUUUCUUCAACUUCAGCCUGACAAUAGUACUUUGACUUGGACAAAACCCACAACGGUUUGCCCUGCAAAUGCUAAAGCAAAACUGAGUGUGCUGAGUAACACUGCUGAGCUUGGAAAAUACCAGUUUCUUGGUAAUACUGGGCUGGUGGAAGGUUUUUUGGACUUGUUUUCAGCCAAGGCUGUAUAUAUGGGACACUCUGGCAUUGAUAUGCACACUGUGUGUGUUCAGAAUAAACUUUGUAGUAUGUCCCUUGAAGAAAAUGGUAUAACACUACUUUAUGGACUUCAGACUACUGAUAAUAAGUUGCUGCACUUUGUUGCUCCAAAAUAUACUGCCAGAAUGCUGUAUGAUGGAUUGAUGGAAUUGACUAAAGCUGUAAGAAAAAUGAGGAGAUUCCCCGAUCAAAGACUACAGUGGCUACGGAAACAGUAUGUCAGCCUUUACCAGGAGGAUGGAAGGUUUGAAGGCCCAACCUUGGCUCAGGCGGUUGAACUGUUUGGAGGCAGACGAUGGAGUGCAAGAAACACGAGCACAGGGACUCUCACCAAAAGCACCGAGAAGCCUAGUGUACAGAGAAACAACACUCUGGCAAUAAGUGCAGCUAAGAAAAAGAAGAAAGUACUCAUGAGGGGUGAAAGUGGAGAGGCCACUGAUGAUGAAAUGGCAACUCGGAAGGCAAAAAGUUGUAAAGAAUACCGUAACAGAAGCGGUCGUAACAUAAACGUUUCAGAUCCUCAAGAUAUUGAUGAACAAGAAGAACCAGAUCAAAAUAUUAUUAUAAAUGCUUCUCCAUCUAACAACCUGCCAUCAAGAAGAGCUCAUUCUCUGACAGCAUCUGGGUCUCCUAAUUUAGGAUCUACAUCAUCUUCUCCAGCAAGACCAGUCUCCUCUCCUGUAAUGUCUUCAAGCAAGAGUCAGUCUAGCACAUGGAGCAGCAGCAGCUGGCAUGGCCGCGUUAAAGGAGGAAUGAAAGGGUUUCAGAACUUCAUGGUGUCUGAUAGUAACAUGACUUUUGUGGAAUUUGUAGAGCUCUUCAAAUCUUUCAGUGUCCGUAGCCGCAAGGAUCUCAAAGACCUUUUCGAUGUCUAUGCUGUGCCUUGCAAUCGAUCUGGUUUAGAGCCUGCUCCACUUUACACUAAUUUGAAGAUUGAUGAAAACAGUAGUGGAUUCCAGCCUGAUUUAGAUUUGUUGACUAGGAAUGUUUCAGACCUUGGUUUGUUCAUUAAGAGCAGGCAGCAACUAUCAGACAACCAGAGGCAAAUAUCUGAUGCUAUUGCUGCUGCCAGUAUCGUAACCAAUGGCACUGGAGUUGAAAGCACAUCACUGGGAAUAUUUGGAGUGGGAAUCCAGCAGCUAAACGACUUCCUGGUGAAUUGCCAAGGAGAACACUGCACCUAUGAUGAAAUCCUCAGUAUUAUCCAGAAAUUUGAACCCAGUGUGAAUAUGUGCCAGCAGGGGCUGCUCUCUUUUGAAGGAUUUGCAAGAUUUUUGAUGGAUAAAGACAACUUCGCCUCCAAAAACGAUGAGUCACAAGAGAAUGCUGAGGACUUGCACUUUCCACUGUCAUACUACUACAUAGAAUCUUCACACAAUACUUACCUUACUGGCCAUCAGCUUAAAGGGGAGUCCUCAGUAGAGCUCUACAGCCAGGUUCUUUUACAAGGCUGCAGAAGUGUAGAAUUAGACUGCUGGGAUGGCGAUGACGGGAUGCCUAUUAUUUAUCAUGGGCACACUCUUACUACUAAGAUCUCUUUUAAGGAGGUAGUUGAAGCUAUUGAUCGCAAUGCAUUUAUCACCUCAGACAUGCCCAUUAUUAUAUCUAUAGAAAACCACUGUUCGUUGCCUCAGCAGCGCAAGAUGGCUGAAAUUUUCAAGAAUGUAUUUGGAGAUAAGCUGGUAACGAAGUUUUUAUUUGAGAGUGACUUUUCUGAUGAUCCCAUGCUUCCUUCACCUGGCCAACUGAAAAGAAAAAUCCUGCUUAAAAACAAGAAGCUCAAAGCCCAUCAAACACCAGUGGAUAUAUUGAAGCAAAAGGCUCACCAGCUGGCGCAUAUGCAAGCACAGGCUAGCAAUGGUGCUAGCAACCCCACCCCUACCAAUGAAGAGGAAGAAGAUGAAGAGGAUGAAUAUGACUAUGACUAUGAAUCUCUCUCUGAUG